AUGGCGCGUGAGGACCCUUUCGAUGCGGCGCAAUCUGGCUUCCCGUUGACCGAUCCGAAGCGCGAGUCUUUGACCGAACCGGCGCACGAUCAGGUCAUUUCAGCGCCGAAAGAUGAGAAGAAAAAGAGAAAAUUGGGUCCCGAAGUUGCCGAGACAGAGCUGAAGAAAAGGAUCGAAAGGGCCGACACAUGUUGGGUAUUGGACGUCACAACUGACGAUAUCCAGCGCACAACAAAAGAGCUGGCGACGGAUUGCUUUAUCCCAAAAUCGAGCGUCGUCAUGAACAUGGCUAUGAACAGUACGAUCAAAGAGGAGGGCGAUGUCUACAAGCAGGACAAGAACCAAGAGGAGAUCACGCUUGCCGCUGAGGUCGAAGAGCGAUUGCGGGAACGCGAGCGAGAAGACCCCGAGUUGGUCGAGAUAGUCCAACCCAUCAAAGAAACGAUCGACGACACGCGCGAGUUUCUGAUCCGGAACAGCGCCAAUAAUACACCCAUACCGCGAGGAUAUACCGGCAAGAUCACUGGCGCUUACAAGCUCAUGUCGAGGGAUGGAAACUCUGCAGCUGGGGUUGUUCAUAAGGAGCUUGAGGCUGUCUCCUACAAGCGAAACAAGGUACUGAAGAAGAUCCGCAGGAGUAUACGGAACACUAUACUGGAAGAGCCUGCCCAAGAGAUGCGAUCUUUGCCGAACAUCUCCACCAAGUCAACAACUACAGGAGUGACCGCCGGUAAAGAUGGCGCACGAAAAUCGAUCCGCAAACAGGCCAAAGAUGCCCAGACCGAGCUCAAGGGUCUCCACUGUGAGCGCACGAGCGCUCUCGAGGCCUUGAAGCGGCGCAACGAACAGAAUGAGAUAACGGAGCUGGGUGUUGAUCAGGAAGAGGAUCUAGACGUGAAUUCGCUCGAGGAAAAUGACGGCAAGCAACACCCACGGGGUGAGCCGUUGCAUUGGCAGGAUUUACUAAAGGAGGACAUGAAAGUGAACAUUCCUGAUGGGGUUGAGGUAUGA